AUGGAGUCAGAGCCAGAGCACACACAUACUGAUAUUGACCAAACUGAAGAACAUUGCGCGCGUCAACUGCUAUGUUUGACGGAACAACGAACUAGAGAAGAGCCAGAGUACAUACACAUUGACCAAAAUGAGUUCUCGCAUAGAAGACAUAAUACACAGACGGAGGAAGAUAUUGCUAUAUGUGAAUGCAAGUAUGAUGAACAUGAUCCUGAAAGUGCAUGUGGGGAGAGGUGCUUGAAUGUACUUACCAGCACAGAAUGCACUCCAGGAUAUUGCCCUUGUGGUGUCUAUUGCAAGAAUCAGAGAUUUCAGAAAUGUGAGUAUGCCAAGACAAAGUUGUUUAGAACAGAAGGUCGUGGGUGGGGUCUUUUAGCAAAUGAGAAUAUAAAGGCAGGGCAAUUUAUUAUCGAGUACUGUGGAGAAGUGAUAUCAUGGAAAGAAGCAAAGCAAAGAUCUCAAGCUUAUGAAAUUCAAGGUCUCAGGGAUGCAUUUAUUAUUUCUCUCAAUGCCUCUGAGUCUAUUGAUGCCACUGAAAAGGGAAGCCUUGCUCGAUUUAUAAAUCAUUCAUGCAAACCAAAUUGUGAGACAAGAAAGUGGAAUGUGUUGGGGGAAAUUAGGGUUGGAAUAUUUGCAAAACAAGAUAUAUUGGAUGGAACUGAGUUGGCAUACGACUACAAUUUUGAAUGGUAUGGGGGUGCUAAGGUUCGCUGCCUCUGUGGUGCGCCGAGCUGUUCAGGAUUUCUUGGGGCAAAAUCUCGUGGUUUUCAGGGCGAAACUUCUUCUCGAGGUAGUGGGGUUGGCUCAGAAUGUGCAAUGGACUACACGAGUGAAUUUACGAUGAAUGAGGUUGAUAAUUCUACUCGAGAUAGUGGGGUUAGCUCGGAAUGUGUGAUGGAUUACACAAGUGAAUUUACUACUUAUGAGAUAUUCAAGACUAGAGAGUCCUUAAUGCAGUGGGCUCGUGAGGCUGGAAAGAGAAAUGGGUUUGUUAUUGUGACAAUAAGAUCUGAUUUGGGUGGUAAGAGUAUGAAACCAAGAGUUACAUUAGGCUGUGAGAGGGGUGGAAGAUUUAAGGAGAAGAAACUAAAGUCAAUAAAGGUGCUAAAAAAGAUGUGGGACUGGCACGAAGAAGUGUGGGUGCCUGUUCACAUUGAAGGGUGA